AUGGACACCACAUUCAUCACAAUACAUGGCAAGCCAUUCCCGCCUGCACUCUGCAAGCCCAUCUGUGGGGAUCUCUCGCGGGAUGCCUCAAUUCGCUAUGCCUCGGAAAGUAUCCAGGUAGUGCUUGGGUACCAACCAUAUGAGGUGCUGAAUCGCUCGUGCUGGGACUAUUUCCAUCCCCAAGAACUGCCAUUCGCGCGCAGUGUCCAUGGUCGAGGUGUGCGGUUAGAUAAGGCCGCGGUACUGAACUACUGUUCAAUCCGACACAAGGAUGGUUCUUGGGUCGGAUGCGAAUGCGUGUUUACGGUUGUGUACGAUGUGUUGAUCGCAAGUACCACUGUCUAUGGACGUGGGAAGGGCAGUCAGAACCGCGCCGUCGAUGCUCCUAUUGUCCGCCAUCUCUUCGAUUCCUCACCUAAUGACUCGCGGUAUCACAUGCUCACGUGGUUAUCCAACAAGUUCUCGCAACGUCUUGAUGAGCCGCUUCAUGAGCCAAGGGCGGCGAUGUUCGUUAAUAGAUUUACUCGUACGGCGACAAUUAUGUACGCUACAAGUGGUGUGAGCGAGAUCCUGGGCUUGAGCCCCAGCCAACUUAUCUCGAAGAGCUUCUUCUACUGUAUCCAAGAGCGGUGCUUGCGGGAUGCAGUUAGAUGUUUGGAGAGCGCAAAGGCGAAUGACUCGAUUGCCUAUCUGCGAUUCUGGUACCGGAAUCCAAUGCAGGAUGAUAAUCCCGAAAUGGCUCAACGAGGACUCGUCGCAUUUUCUGACCCAAUUCCUCCUUUGGAGCUGGAAGCUGUCGUGUCGUGCACUUCGGAUGGGCUGGUUGUUGUUCUUCGUCGUGCGAGGGCCCCCAUACCUACCAGCACGACUAUGCCACCUCAGCCGGUCCCCGUUUACUCGAAAGGUCUUUUCGCAGCACCGUGGGCUCCCGAGCCGGUCUACUCUUAUGGGGAAGCGCCACGUCCUCAGGAGAAUGUUGACCCGAAUGUGUGUUAUCCGGAGGUGAAGUCUACGUUUUGCAAAGACGAUCAUUCUUCAGGCUCCGACUUUACUUCAAGCUCUUCUGCUCCUAGCUUUUCAGUGCCUUCCCAGCCUGAGGCCAAGGCUAGCAGUUCCGGUGGUCCUCCGGCACAAAGCCUCAUGGAUACGAUCCGGGAGGUGGCUGUCUUCGCUUGGGGUAUUGUUGGAAUCAACCGGUCGCUCGAGCAAUACAAGCGCGGAACGCCAGCAGGCAAUGCUCAGCCGGAGGAUGCGACAUUCGAUGAUAACUGA